GAGGGGUAGAGAGAAAGAGAGAACAGAGAACAAGUUUGAAAGAGGUAGAGAGAGACAGACAAACAGAGGAGAAAAGAAGAGAGAGAGAGAGAGAGACGAGAGGGAGAUUGGCUUCUCAACAGUGAGACAUAGCUGAGGAAAGAGAGAAAAUUAGCGAGAAACGUUCUGGGUUUCCCUUGUUUUCAAGGAAUCUUCUCCGUUUUCUGCCAGAAUAGAAAAAUCUCGCCUUUGCUGCUCUGGAAUGGAGUUCUCUCCUUGGAUUCCAUUAAUGGGGCUUCUCUAUAAUCCUUGAAUUGCAGGGUAAUUGAAGGGGAUUUGCUUUGGAUUCCUCUCUAACAUCCACAGAUCUUCAGAUGGAGAAGGAAGCAAAGAAUCAAGCAACAGGUAGAGCUCCGGAGACAGAUUUUCUCUUACAGUGGGGCAACCGAAAGAGACUUCGAUGUAUGAAGGUGAAAGGUGAAGACGGCACGGGGAAGGGCAAUGGUGUGAUAAAGAGGAAGAUCACCACUCGCGUUGAUCGCCGUGUCGUGAGAGUCGACAAAGAAACCCCUCCUCUGCAACUCAAUACCAUGAGCAGGAACUCAAAUUUGGCGACGCUUCCGUCGAGUGCAAGCGAGAAUAGGAAGUCAUCUUCGCCGGAGAAGGAAGACCGAUACUACACAACGAGAGGAUCUUUGGGGUUCGACGACAACAAUGCGAAGAUCUUAAUGGAUGCAGGGGAAGACAGAGGGUUUGUCUGGCCAAAGCUCUUCAUUUCGCUUUCGAGCAAAGAAAAAGAAGAGGACUUCAUGAAGAUGAAGGGUUGUAAGCUUCCUCAGAGGCCCAAGAAAAGGGCGAAAUAUAUCCAGAAGACCAUACUCUUGGUGAGCCCUGGUGCAUGGCUUUCCGAUCUUUGUCAAGAGAGAUACGAAGUGAGAGAGAAGAAGACAUCUAAGAAGAGACCAAGAGGAUUGAAGGCCAUGAGUAGCAUGGAAAGCGAUUCAGAAUAAGUAGCGGAUACAGGCAUAGGGAGACCUUCAUUUUGAUUUUGGAUUCUUGAUUUUUGAUUUUAGAGGAGAGUUGUAAGAGAAAAGGAAAAGCAAAAAGAGAUAAGGCUUAAGUAUACCACUCUCUUUCUCUCUGUUUUUUCUGGGUGUAAAAAUUGUUUUUUUUUUUUUCCCUUGAGAAAAAUAUUUCUUUUUCCUUUUAUUCCCUCCAAAGUCUUCAACCUAGUAUAGUAAACUCCGUGGAGAUGCCACUCUUUCGUUGGUUCUUCUUCUCUUUGUUGAUUA